AUAGGUUUAUGUUUAUAUUUUUCGUCUAGGGUGUUUAAACGCGAAAGCAAGAGCUGAAGCCAAGCUGUGAACUUGAACGUAUGCAUUCUGCCUUGCGCCUAUGAAGAUGAAGUUUGUUUACGCAUUGCUGCUGUUUAUGCUAGUUGCUGUGUGGGCUCAUCCUGAUUACAGCGAGUCUGAUGAUGAUGACGGUAGAAGUGUCACAACGGUUCAGAAAGCAAGAUUAAUGACAGGAGACAUAUCACGAAAUAACAGCGAUGAGAAUCGAAAGGUCACAAAGGUUCGAAGAAAGAGAGGACUUUUCGGUGUUGUGUUCCGCACAGCAGCAAUAGCAGCGAAAACAUCACUCAUAAAGAACGUGCCGAGAGCUGUGUCUUCAUUUUCGAAGAUCGUCGGACACGUUGGGGAAGCAACGGAGUAUGUAGAGGUGGGAAUCGUAGUUGUUCAAGCUUUAUCAGAAUGUCCAGCCGUGAAUAUUUGCCCAUUGAAAGAAGAGCUAAAGACAAUCCAGGACCACAUAUAUGAAGCAUUGAAGACACUGAGCCAGACUCACACUAGACUUAGGAAGUGCACUGCUAAGGCGAACCGAGUGUAUCAGUCAACAAAUUCGAUACUUUCACACAUCAAGCAUAUUACUCAAUCGCUUGUCUAUAUCACCAAUAUUGCAGAACUGCGUUAUUUGGAAAGCAUGGAUUUUGUCUGCGCUAAAGAAAAUGAUACAAUGAUCAAGGACUGCUUAGAGGAAAAAAUCAAUGACAUUGAGUUUGUUUACUCACGAAUGGAAAAACGUUUGAAUGACAUUAAACAUAACAAUAUGAUGGAUGCAGCAAUUUCAUUUGUUGUCCCAAAGACGAUAUCAGUGAUAAUAGGAAAUAUUGGUAAUUUAUCCAAGAAAAAGUAUGAUUUUCUUGUUUCAAAAUAUGGCAAGCCGAAAGGUUAUUUCAAGAAAUUUAAAAUGAUAACCAACGCUAUCCUUUCCGGUCAAAAAGGGAGAGCAAAAGAGGCAUUCACUUCGGCACAAAAUGCUGUGGUAUCCCCCGUAAAAACACUAAAACACAAGUUAGGAAGAGUAUCCCAUAAAAUGAGAUCGCUAAAACAUAGAGUAGUAAACAAAUUUGUUCAUCCGAGACAGGGAAUCAAACGUCUUUGGAAUAACAUAAACCCAAGAAAGUUUUCUGUUAGUUCGGUAAUCGGAGGAUUCGCAAAGGGCUCACUGUCUGGUAUUGCAUCUGCAGUCUCAAUUUAUUUGCAGCAAAAGCAAUAUGUAAAGCUUGAGGAUAAAUUGAGAGAGUUCAUUCAUAAGUAUCAGAAUGAUUUAAAACAAUUAAAUGAAAUAAUUGCUGAGGGAAACGAAUCAGAAACAAACUGUACACAAUACUUAGAUUAUUCUAUCGGCCUGUUUAUAAACGUAACAAGAACUGUUGUUGAAACACUUGAGUUGUUUGACCACAUGAGAUCUCAAGAAAUAGAUCUCACACAAUUUGAAAUCAAAACAGCAUUAUACCGCAAUGUAUCUGCUAUCUUACUUGGUAACGUUGACAAGGGUAACAUACAUCUAAAACAAAAUGAACUAUUACAUAUCUUAGAAAACGACUUUUUUAACAUGACUGAAAUGGAGUCUUGGGUUCAUACAGAAAAUGCUUUAUUUGACGUUGUACAGGAAGGAAUCAACGACAGCAGUGUCAACAUAUUACGCAUGUGUUAUAAGCUCAAGGAUGUAGGUUUACACACCACUGGCAGAGGAGUUAACUGGCCAAUACAGGACGUUCUCUGUCAUCUGGCUCUCUUCCAUCCCAGCCACAAGGAAUUUGAUUACUACAAUAUGGAAAACAUCAGAGACUACUGCAGACGAACGCCAGACAGUUUUCCUCUGAACACUGUUCUGUUACACAGACAAAAUACUUUGGUGCAAGAAACAAUACGACGUAAUGUUGAAAGCAGCGAGGACGAGGAUUCGGCGAAACUAUCUGACGAAAUAUCCCGAGCUCUCGGAUUUGAUGAAUACAUGCAACCCCUGGGUAAAUUUCCAGACGAGAAAGAGGUGUUGUGUAACAUUGCCGAGAUGUUUCCCCAAAGGUUCAAGUACGCUUUCUAUGACUUGGCAGACUUCAGACCAAGAUCGACUUGUAGUCUUUUAACAACCGAAAAAUUCGAACAACUCCAACUCGAUGCAAUAGAGACGAGGAAUGAAAUGAAAAGAUAUCAAAUACAUCCUUGUCCAGAUUUUUUCAAUACAUAUCUUAAUAAAACAAUACGCAAAGGCUUAAAGGAGAACGUUCCCAUCAGUUCCAUCUUCCAAGAUAUCCGACGGUCCUUAACUGCAGCCGAUGUUAAGAGAAAUGACAACUGGCCAUUUAAGGAGAUCCUCUGUGUUCUUGGAUCUGUAGCCCCUUUGGAAAUGUACGUGUAUGAUCAUUACCCUGUUGACGUCAUAAGAAACCAGUGCCAGUCAGGUACGCUACUAACCUCUCAGCUUCAGGACAUACUUUUAAAAAGGAAAGAGAAUUUACUUGAACUCAAUAUAAGACGUUAUAUAGGCUUUGAGGAAGAAGAAAACCCAGAAGCAAUGGUUAAAGAAUUUGCUGAUCUGCUGAUGUCAGAUUCGAUUAUGGAGUCCCUGGAUAUCAGCCCUACGGAACACGAGAUGAUAUGCAUGGUGGCCGAUCUUUAUCCUGGCAAGGAGGAGUUCGGGAUGUACAGGCUUAACCAGUUCAGACCGAUGGAGGUUUGUGAACAGAUAACUGAACAGGGAUUUCAAGUUCUGACAGAUGAAAGGGAGAGACGCAAAUGGGAGGCAAUGCUUUCCAAGUACUGCUCCGAUUCUGAUGAACCUUGCUCUCAGUCAGGGACAUGGUCCUGUCAUGCGACAAGGAAUGUGUUCAUCGUCAUGGCCUUGUUCGCUUUGCAGUGUAUAAUGUAAUGGAUAAACGUACAUUUCUGAGGUUUUUGUGAAUAGUUUUGCAUUAGCUAACUGCGUUUUUCAAACAUGGCCUGCUUAUCAUGGGUGUAAUACAACUUGAGCAUGUUGAAGUGUAAAUAUAGUGUUUUAUUCUGUUUAUUUCUACCUAAAUAUCUUGGAGAUUGUUAUCAAUUAAAGAUAUUAACAUUUGUUAAUCAAUUAAUUAACAUUGGAUUAAAUGGAGGGACAUUGUUACGAUCUUUCCAUGUAAUGAAUAACACGGAUAUUGUUAUACGAUAGCCUUGUGACGAUAGAGAGGGUGUCUAGGGUGUUAUUAUGAGCACUGACGAGGAUAAGGAUAAUGAUGCUUCUCAUUCCAACCCUUUCCUCGGAACUCUCACUAGAUUUAACACGGUAUAAUCUUACAUUUUUUUAUCAUUGCUUCUUUGUUUAAAUAACAAUAAAUAUGUACGUAUCUUGUAUCUAAUAUGUUUGCUGAUUUUUGUAUUAAUUAUUCAACAGACUUUAUUAACACUUAUAAAUUAGGGCUAUACAAUAUUGUCAGUGCCUAGAAAUAUUUGGGAUAAAUAUUAAUAAAGUGUGAGCAAACCAAUGAUGUUUUAUUGGUUUUUAAUGGCAGGGAGAAUACAGUGUUUAAAGCAUUUUUACAUCAUCAAUGGUAGAAUUACUAUAUGUAUUUAUCCACUGACAAGAUAUCAUUUGGAACAGCAACUUUAUGAGAUAUUUAACUUUUUAAUAAGACAUGUGAUUGAGUUCUAAGUUCAAAGUCAUUAAUCAGUCAAUCAUUUAUAAGUCAAUCUUUCUCAGUGAAUCAUUAAUCAGUCAAUCAUUAAUCAGUCAAUCAUUUAUCAGUCAAUCAUUUAUCAGUCAAUUUUUAUCAAGGAAUCAUUUAUCAGUCAAUCAUUAAGUAACCGAACAUUAAUUAUCGAACAUUAAUCUUAUCAUUUAACAAAGUGAAGCUAAUGAGGAAUGACAAGCUGACUUUGCAUAAAAAGAACCAACUAAACCUUUGUUUAAAUAGAUCUUAUAUUGAGACAUCCCCUGUCAAAAGUAUAUAAUAGCCGAGUAAGAAUUGAAGACGGAUGACGCACAAACAUUGUAUGAAUGACCUUCUGUUAACAAGGGUAAAGAAAGAACAUUUUUCUUGCAGUGAUUGAUGGUUCUUUACUUGUAGUCAACUUGAAGAUAAUAUGAAAGCAAAGAAAAUUAAUAUAUAGGGUAACAGUUGUCAAUGUUUAAACUGUUUAAAAACAUAUGUUUCCCAGUGUGUUAUUGUAUACACACUUUUUUUUUCUUUUUCUUUUAUCUAUGUAGAUAUUUGUAGUAGCUUUAAAUAAUUGAACUCAUUUCCUAUGAAAGUUCGGGGAAAGAACAAUCUUGGUAACAUGAUUAUAUCACAUUACUGCAUGUAUGUAUUU